AUGAAGCUGCUCACGUUGGUGGUGCUGCUGUUCUCCGCCAGCAUCGUCUGCCGGGCGGAAUAUCAAAAAUUCGACAAUUAUAAACUAUACACAUUGUACGUGGAGGAUGACGAGCAAGCAGAAGAGCUGCACGACUGGUACGCCAAUGGACAGCUAGACUUCUGGAGCUACGGUACGCUCAACGAGAGCGUCACGGUCAUGAUCAACCCAGAGCUGCAGACAUACUUCGAGACGAUGCUGGAUGAAGUUGAGCUCGAGUCCGAGCUGGUGGAGGAGAAUGUACAGUCGUUGCUGGAGCACGAACAGGAGCAGCGCAAUCUGCACAAUCUGGGCAAGCGCAGACGUCCCCAGAAGGUGCCGCAAACGCCAACCGACACCGACGCCGACAUCGAGGAGGAUGCUAUCGAUUUCGAGCAUUUCUGGACGCUGGACGAGAUCUAUAGCUAUAUGGAUCGGUUGGAGAAGACGUACCCGAAUCUGGUGCGCGUAAUGACGAUCGGCCAGACGUACGAGAACCGCUCGAUCCAGGCGAUGACUAUCUCGAGGGAUGGACAAAUCAAUCAUACGCGGCCAGUGGUGUUGGUUGACGCGGGUAUACAUGCCCGUGAAUGGGCUUCGCAUAUGUCGGCGGUAUAUCUGAUCCAUCAGCUGGUUGAGAAUGCGGAGGAGCACGAUAGUCUGCUGUAUUUUACGGAUUGGAUCAUUGUGCCAGUGAUGAACCCGGAUGGAUACGUGUACUCAUACGAGACGAACCGACUGUGGCGCAAGAAUCGCAAUGCGGACAACAUUCUCUGCGAGGGAACGGAUAUUAACCGCAACUUCCCAUACCGCUGGAGUUACACAUCGCAUUCCUGCACGGAUGGAUUUGCCGGCAAAACGCCCGGUUCGGAGAUCGAAACCCAGGCACUGAUGCUGCUGAUAUCUCAGUUCGCACGCAGUAUCAAGAUGUACCUUUCCGUGCACAGCUGUGGCGAUUACAUUCUGUACCCGAACGGAUACGCCUACAAGCCGGUCCCGAAUGCGGCAGAUCUUUACGCGCUGGGACUGCAGGCGGCCGAAGCGGUGCAGAAGGUCGGCGGACCGGAGUACCUUGUCGGACAGGCAUCCGGCAUGCUGUACUUGGCGACCGGUAGCGAUGACUUCAUCUACGGUGCGUACGGUGUUGAGUAUGCGUACACGCUGGAGCUGUCCUGCGGUAACCGUGGCUACGGAUUCAUCAUCGAAACGGACCAAAUCCAAACGAUUGCGGCGGAAACGUUCGAGAUGUUCAAGGUGUUUGGCCAGCACGCCGGCAGUCAGAAGAUUAGCAAAAUGAAGCCGCUUGCCGUGGUGACCGCUUGCUUGCUGGCCUUGGCAUUCGCCAAAGCCGGUUCCUAUCAUGAGUUCGAAGUGUACAAUGUACGUCCGGAAACGCAGGAACAGCUGACGGUGCUGUUGAAGUGGCGAAACGCCGAGCAGGAUGUGGACUUUUGGGACACACCGAAGGUGGGCCGUAAUGCGCGCGUUAUGGUCACGAGGCAAGAUCACAAACGGGUGGAAGAAUUCCUGGAGCAGCACGACAUCGAGUACGAUCUGGUUGCGGAGGAUGUGCAGGAGUUGCUGAAUCGUGAGCAGCGGCGCAAUGUGGAGCACAACCGACGCUUGAAGCGUGACUCGAACUCACGUGCCACGAUAAACUUUGAGCAUUUCUGGACGUUAGAUGAGAUCUACGACUAUCUGGACGAGCUCGCGGCUGCAUACGAUGGGCUGGUGCGCGUGUCGGAGAUCGGAAGGACUUACGAAGAUCGGCCCAUCAAGGCCAUCACUAUCUCGACGCGGGGUACCAUCGAUCAAACCCGUCCCAUUGUGUUUAUGGAUGGAGGCAUUCACGCCAGAGAAUGGGCCGGUGUUAUGUCGGUCAUGUACAUGAUCCACGAGUAUGUGGAACAUUCGGAAGAGUACGCCAAUCAGCUAUCAAAUGCGGACUACGUCAUCGUGCCGGUGGCCAACCCGGACGGGUACGUGUACACGCACGUGCAGAACCGACUGUGGCGCAAGAACCGCUCGCAAGCCAACGUUCUCUGCUACGGGGUGGAUCUGAACCGUAACUUCCCGUUCAUGUGGGAUCGCACCACGACCGAAUGUACGAACAAUUUCGCCGGCCAUACGGCUUCGUCCGAGAACGAAACCAAAGCCAUCAUCGCACUGAUGGACCAGUACAAGGCGGCGAUCCGAAUGUAUCUGGCCGUUCACACGUACGGUGAGAUGAUACUGUGGCCGUGGGGCUACGACUUCCUGCAUGCACCGAACGCGGCCGAACUGCAGCGUUUGGGCGAGCAGGCGCGCGACGCACUGGUCGCCGCUGGUGGACCCGAGUACGAGGUUGGCAAUUCGGCGGACAUUCUGUACACGGCCACCGGUGCGACGGACGAUUACGCGUACAAUCUCGGCGUACCGUUCGCGUACACGAUCGAGCUAACUGGGGGUGGCUCGCAGGGAUUCGAUCUGCCCGCGACCGACCUAGCACGCGUCACCGCGCAAACGUUCGAACUGUUGAAGGUGUUCGGACAGCAUGCCGGCACACUGUCGUUGACUUUGUAAGCUUCGUAUCAGCGCACUCGUUCGGGGUCGCUAAUCAGCAGCCGAUUAAACUGCUGAUUGAUUAUCGAUUGUAACAGCCACUACUGGCAAUGAGUAACACAAUAAAGCAGGCACGGUACAGCACGCUAUCACGCAUUAUGGCAUUGCAGCACUGUGACAUUGAUAGAACUGCUUUUUUUCUAGAGAUUAUCGUUUAGAAAACAAGAAUUGGCCUUCAAACAAAUAGGUGCUUGUACAAUGUAGCUUAGC